AGGAAAUCUGGGGAAGACGCGUUUGACUAGAAGCUUGAGUGGACGUCUGGUGUAAUGGUUUUGCUUUGUUUCACAGCGCCCCUUUUUUGAUAUGGUAUCCUGCAUUCAGCCCGGAUGGAGUGUUCGGUCUCUCUCUCUCGCUCUCUUACUCACCCCGAUCAGCUCUCUACUGUAUGCAUUAAUGAUGUCUUCUGUCCCUCGUACAUAUCUUGCCCCUUCGUGUCUCGCAACUCAAAUUUCAACUUUUGCGACAAAGACACUUGAAAGAAACCAUCUAGCAGCUUCAUCUCAAGGCCUUCCUCUAGCGCAGUCAGCUCCACCAUGGCUCCGCAAGUCAAGGGCAAGAAGCAAACUAACAAUGUCGCCACAGCCACCGGCGGCCUCAGUAAACGCAGACGCAAGCCUAAAACUUAUACAGAAAAACAACUCGGUCUCAAACCUCUCAAUACAGUCGCCAAGCCAGCCGGUGUUGUGAAACGUGGCAAGAUUGGGAAGGUGUUUGCAGAUGAGUCUGCCAUGCAGUUGAUUUUGGCGGAGGUGAAUAAGAAGCAGGAGGGUCAGGUGCGGUCAAAGUUGCAGCGCGUGCAAGAUAUGGAGGCUGUGCGGGAGCGGAAACGCAUAGAGAUGGAGGCGAAGGAACGGUCAAAAGCGGCAUUGCUUGAGAAGCGGAAAGAAGCGCUACGGCAUGGUGGUGGUGAGCGUGUAUCGGCGGCGCAGAAGAAAGAGAAAGAAGGAGAGCGUCGCGUAGGUCCUGCGAUUCCGGCAUCACGCUUAGCAGGUGGACGACAGAGCGGUGCGCGGCCCAUGUCUGCAAAGCAAAAGGGCACGGCCAACAAGAAGGUCGCCUUCGAAAAGGGCGUCAAGUAGAGAAGAGCAUCGAUUUUGAGCACAGCAUUCGUU